UCGACGAGGGCGACGACGCGCUGGCCAGCCAGGCCGACCCGGACCCGUACGGCGUCAGCAACACCAUGGGCACCAAGGAGCGCCUCGACCUCGUCAAGAAGCUGCUCAAGCAGGAGCCCCUCAUCGACGGGCACAACGACCUGCCCUGGAACAUCCGCAAGUUCGUGCACAACCGCCUGGCGCGCCUGCAGCUCGAGGACCUCCGCCAGGGCCCCGGCCCCUGGAGCCGCAGCAAGUGGAGCCAGACGGACCUGAGCCGGCUGCGGGCGGGCUUCGUCGGCGGCCAGUUCUGGGCGGCGUACGUGCCGUGCGAGUCGCAGUACCUCAACGCGGUGCAGCUGACCCUGGAGCAGGUGGACGUCAUCAAGCGCGUCAUCGCCAAGUACCCGGCGCACCUGCGCGCCGCCACCUCCGCCGACGACAUCCUCAAGGGAGUUAACCUUGAGGGCUUCCUGCCAAAAGUGUUAGGAACGACCGAUAUGCGCCUCGAUGUAACAUCGAUGGUGGGUGGAUAA